AUGAGUGUUCCCGAAAAAUUUGAUGCCAUUGGAGUUAUUGACUACGAUAAGUGGCUUGAACCAAAACAUUUUCAACACACCCCUCAAGAAUUGAGAGACAAUGAUGUCGAUAUCGAAGUUGAAGCUUGUGGUAUUUGUGGUAGUGAUAUCCAUGGUGCUAAUGGUGACUGGGGUAGGCCCUACGCUCCAUUAGCUGUUGGACAUGAAAUUGUCGGAAAGGUAGCUCGGGUUGGUCCAAAGGUAACAAAGUUUAGGGUUGGUGACAGAGUUGGAGUUGGUGCCCAAUGUGAUUCGUGUGGAGAUUGUGUCAGAUGUCAAAAUGAUAAUGAAAACUAUUGCAGAGAAGAAGUUGAAACAUAUCUAUCCUUCUACAAGGAAACCAACACACCAACUCAAGGUGGCUAUGCUAACUAUGUGAGAGUCAGUUCCAAUUUUACUUUCAAAAUUCCUGAUGGACUUUCAAGUAUUGAUGCUGCUCCAUUGCUAUGUGGUGGAAUGACAGGGUUCAGUCCUUUGUUGGAAGCAGGCGUAAGUAAGGGUACGAAAGUUGGUGUUUGUGGUAUCGGUGGAAUUGGUCAUAUGACGAUCUUAUUUGCUAAAGCCUUGGGAGCUGAAGUAACUGCUAUUUCCAGAAAUGAUAAGAAGAAGUCAUUGGCUAAGGAACUUGGUGCAGAACAUUACAUUGCUACAGAUGAAGAAGGCUUCGAUGAAGGUUUAACUGAAUUGGACGUAAUUGUAAACACUACUUCAUCAUUUUCAGAAGGAAGCUUCAAGCAGCUUCUAAACCUUAUUAAGCCACAUGGUAGGAUGAUAUACAUUACUGCACCACCUAAUGAUGAAACUUUGGAGAUUGACCCUGGAAUACUUCUUUCUUCUGCUGUUUCCAUUGGAGGUUCCCACAUUGGAUCUCCAAAAGACAUCGAAUAUAUGUUGGACUUCGCUGCCAAACAUAAGAUCAAGCCUUACAUUGAAACAAUCGACAUCUCUGAGGAAAAUGUUGCUACCGCAUGGAAAAGAAUGACCGAUGGCGAUGUUAGAUUCAGAUUUGUGCUUACGGGAUACGACAAGUAUUUCAAGAAAUAA